CCAACGCUUGGCAUGAGCACAUCAGCACGCUUCAAUUGACCCAAGUAAGGGAAUCCGGCUACCAGUCAUUCUAGAAGAACGAGCAUUUGCUAUCCAUACACCUUUUGUCUUCUCAUCAGCUCGCGUACUUGACAACUUAAAAAAAAAAGUAUGGAUCUGAAAUGUUUACUUACAAGUAAGAAUGUUCAUUCAAUUUUAGUUAACAUGUGAGACAAUCAUUCAGGGUUUACUAACAUGCGAGACAAUCAUUCAGGGUUUACUAACAUGCGAGACAAUAUUCUACGGUUCACUAACGUAUGAGACAAUCAUCAACGGCAGUGCUACUCAGAGUGCCGGUCCGUGGGCCAUCAUCCGCCUGUCCGUGGGCCAUCAUCCGCCGGUCCAGAGAGCAUGAAUAUUGAUGUUUAAAUAGAAAGAAAAUGUAAUUAAUAAAUCUGGCACCGGUCCCUGGUGCAGUUUCGAAACUUGUCCACCGGUCCGUGAAACUUAAAAGUUUGGGUUAACGUGGAUCUACGGUUUACUAACAUGCGAGACAAUCAUUUACGGUUUACUAACAUGCGAGACAAUCAUUCAGGGUUUACUAACAUGUGAGACAAUCAUUCAGGAUUUAUUAACAUGUGAAAAAGCCAUUAAAUCUUUACUAACAAGAAAGAAACAUUAAUUUCUAGUUAACAUAUAAGACAAGCAGUCGAGGUUUACUCAAAGGGAAGAACACUGUUUCUAUAUAACCAGCAGGAAUACUGUUUCUAUUUAACAAGGAAUGUUGUACUUGCCGAUAAUGAUAAUGUUAACAUCCUCACGAAUACGACCCUAUGACGACGACAUAAGAUCAUACUUUUAUCCGGACAGAACUGGCACCUGGAGUAGUCCACAUAAAAUCCGACCUUUGUAACGCUCCUGUUCGGAGAUAUGCAAGUAGAUAAGUCCAUUCGUGUAUAGUUUUGAUCCAAGUUCAUUUCUACUGAUAAAUUCUAACGGCUUCAAUAACUCAGUAAAGCACUGUAUAAUGAACCUAUUUCAGUUCAAUCGUGCAUUACAUAAAUAGGCCGUAUAUAUUGAUUAGAAUAAAAGUUUGUGGCUCGGAGAUAUUGAACUGGUGUUAUCGAAGCUUACCGGAGUGGAGUGGGGGGGGGGGGCGGGUUGACAUGGAUAUUUCAUUAGGACCUCGCUGGUGCCUUCAAAAACUUAAAUUAAAGCCCNUUAACAUCCUCACGAAUACGACCCUAUGACGACGACAUAAGAUCAUACUUUUAUCCGGACAGAACUGGCACCUGGAGUAGUCCACAUAAAAUCCGACCUUUGUAACGCUCCUGUUCGGAGAUAUGCAAGUAGAUAAGUCCAUUCGUGUAUAGUUUUGAUCCAAGUUCAUUUCUACUGAUAAAUUCUAACGGCUUCAAUAACUCAGUAAAGCACUGUAUAAUGAACCUAUUUCAGUUCAAUCGUGCAUUACAUAAAUAGGCCGUAUAUAUUGAUUAGAAUAAAAGUUUGGGGCUCGGAGAUAUUGAACUGGUGUUAUCGAAGCUUACCGGAGUGGAGUGGGGGGGGGGGGCGUGUUGACAUAGAUAUUUCAUUAGGACCUCGCUGGUUCCUUCAAAAACUUAAAUUAAAGCCCAUUGAUAAGGUCAUGUCAUAUAAAAACUAGCAGAGGUGCCACAUUUACUUUCACGGGGCGUCACGUUCGCAGCAUAAGAAGUAUUGAAAUCAAUCUGGAAAAUUAGACAUUCAGGGCCAUAUCUCUUUUGUAUGAGCAGACGCAUGUCCGACUCUGCUACAUGAGUUGAAUAUGGCAACAGUGUAGUAGACUCGGCUACAUGAGUUGAACGUGGCAAUAGGGUAAUAUACUCGGCUACAUAAGUUGAAUGUGGCAAUAGGGUAGUAGACUCGACUACAUGAGUUGAAUGUGGCAACAAGGUAGUACUCUACAUGAGUUGAAUAUCUCAACAGUGUUGUGUUCUACUAGAUGAUUUAGGGAUUCUUUCAACACGAUUCAGUACAACAAACCAACCCAGCUAACAAGAUGUUUUUGUAAAAUUAAAAUAAAAAUCGCUUGUUUAACAGAGAAUGUAUUUAUUUAUUUUAAAGACAAAACAUUUAAGAACAUUUAAGUUAUACAAUUUUUAAAUAUAUUAUAUUCAUAAAAUAAUUAUACAUAUUUACAUACAGUACUGUAAUAAUUAUAAAUUUUUAGAUCUAGACUCCGCUAUCGAAGGACUUGUAUCAAGUUGUUCUAACAUGCAUUCAUUUCAGCGAUCACUUUCCUCGCCACGAUUCGCUUGUCCAUAGAAUGCGGUCACGUCUUUCAAAAAGCUGUCAAUCGAAAUGGAGGGGUGAACUGUAAAAGUAUUUCACAAUUCGCUAACUGCCUGGCCUCGACAUACGUCAGAAUCGGAUCACCCUUUGGAGGCAACACAAGUAAAGUCAUUAUUAACGGCCUGUCAAAGGCUGCAGAAGACAUCUGUGGCUUCCACUGUGAUAUCAAGAACACUGCAAGGCCAAGGAGACGGCAGACGGCGUUUUCACCCGAUCUGGGAGUCGACUUCAAAAUCUGCGCCUUUGACUUUUUCUUGGAGGUAGGUGGCAACCCGCAAAAGGCGUGCGACAGGAUGCCUGACCUGGUUGUCUGCUUCCUGAAAGUGUCCGGCACCAAAGUGUCUCGAGACGCUCUUGAUUUAGGGACGUACAUCAUGCUUCAUAUACUAGACGCCAAGUUGGGAGUGAAGUGUGAGCCACCAAGCUUUUCCUCAUUGCGUUCAAAAUGUCAGGGAAUGAAAGCGUCAUGAAGCUGGUAGAACUUGUGUAUAUUUAAUUCCCGUUAAAAAAAAAAAAAAACCACCAAAUAAAUACCUAUUUGCAACGAGCCCGG